UUGGAUAAAUAUUGAUUUAUUUUCCAUAUGCAGCAUCAACAGGAUCAACGUUAUUUUUGUUAUGCGACAGACUAUCUAAAUAGCAAAUGUAAAUAAACAGGUAGAUGUUGUGAGAGUUGAUUCUGAAGAUGAAUAUGACUACGGAAAACUUGAAGAUCGUCUCGUUGGACGUGAAAGAUGUUCGUUUCCCAACAUCUUUGGGGGCCCAUGGAUCUGAUGCAAUGCACGUCGAUCCAGAUUAUUCUUGCGCUUACGUUACCAUCACAACGGCCAUGGGAAAAAAGGGUAAUGGAUUAACAUUUACUUUGGGAAGAGGAACGGAAAUCGUGGUAGCUGCUAUCAAAUCUUUGACUCCACUCAUUGUUGGACAAACUACUGUGGAUAUUUAUAAGAAUUUUGGUUCAUUUUGGAGAUCGUUAACUAGCGAUAGCCAAAUUAGAUGGAUUGGUCCUGAGAAAGGAGUCACGCAUUUAGCUGUAGCGGCUAUUGUAAACGCGCUUUGGGAUCUAUGGGCAAAGUUACUAAAUAAACCACUUUGGCAGCUUCUGGUAGAUUUAGAGCCGGAACAGUUAGUUGCUGCCAUCGAUUUUAGAUAUAUAACAGAUGUGAUAACCAGGGAAGAGGCUAUAACCAUAUUGAGAGAUGCGAAGGUGGGCAAAGAUGAGCGGUUGGAUGUAUUAAAAGAAGAUGGUUAUCCGGCAUACACAACGCAAGUCGGUUGGUUGGGUUAUUCGAACGAAUUGCUGGAGGAGUUGUGUCAUAAAUAUUUAGCUGCCGGAUUUACAGCGUUCAAGUUGAAGGUCGGAAGAGAUUUGAACGAUGAUAUCAGGCGGUUAAAGUUGGUGCGAAGUAUCAUAGGUGAUGAUAAAGAGUUGAUGGUGGAUGCAAAUCAGGUGUGGGAUGUGCAGGAAGCCAUCGAUUGGAUGAAGAAGUUGGCAGGAUUUAAGAUAACGUGGAUCGAAGAACCGACGUCGCCGGACGAUAUUCUAGGUCAUCAAGCUAUAGCCAAAGCUAUGAAACCUCUAGGAAUCGGUGUAGCAACCGGAGAGAUGUGCUGCAACCGUGUAAUGUUCAAACAAUUCCUUCAAGCGGAUGCCAUGCAGUUUUGCCAGAUCGAUUCUGCAAGACUCGGAGGAGUCAACGAAAUACUGAGCGUAUACUUGAUGGCGCACAAAUUAGGAGUCAAGGUGUGUCCGCAUGCGGGUGGCGUCGGUCUUUGCGAGAUGGUGCAACAUCUUCAGAUGUGGGAUUACAUAUCACUUUCCGGUACUAUGAAUGGUAGGACCAUAGAAUACGUCGAUCAACAACACGAGCAUUUCGUGGAUCCGCUCAUUAUAAAAAAUGCUAAAUACCAGUUACCAACGUAUGCUGGUUAUGGAACGACGUUUACUGGAGAAACAUUAGCAAAAUACGAAUAUCCCAAUGGUACAGUAUGGAUCGAGAUGUUCGGAAAGGGUUUAUACCAAAGUCCAAAGCAAUUAUAAAACAUAAAUAU